UGGAAUUGUAAUUCAAGAUAACAAAUGAACUUCUGUAAAUUUGCAGAAAUUUUAUAAAGUUGCAAAAUUGAUUAAAAAGAAAGCCCUUAAAAUGAGAAGACAACGAUACUCUUAUACUUUAACCACUCGAGAUGAUAUGGUCGUGCCACCAGACCCAGAUGAGUCAAGCAUUCUGUCUAAUCAGUAUUCGUUUCAAGAUCCUUUUCUGUCUCAAAUUCUAUCACCCGAACCAGAUUCUGUUGUUCCGUAUUACUUGUAUCCAUACCCUUUAUUCCCAGUACCUGCAGAUCAGUACCAAAGCGUAGCAAGCUUGUACAAUUCUAAUUUAUCUCUAAGUCCAUAUGAUAAUUAUGCUUAUUUCAACGGUGGGUUCCCACAAUAUGAUUAUGUGAGCUCAACUCGAAUUUUUGAUGGAGGUUAUGGUGAUCAGUUGACACCGAAAGAUGAAUAUGUUGAUGAAGAAUUUGUAUAUGAUGGUUUAGAAGAUUUUCCGCAGGAGCUUCCAUCUUCUCAUCCGAUAGUUACAAAUUAUGGGGCAGUAACAAUACUUUUGAGGCAUUUAGUGAGAAUUGAUAUUUCAGCUGACAAAGCAUUGUAUGUGACGAACCCUCCUUCUGGUAGCAUUGCUGCUUUCAAUGGAACAACUGAUAAAAGUUGCAUCAUUCAUCCCAACGGUCGUGUAUUACAGGAAGGUUCUGAUAUUCAUAUCAGCACUUUAAAUAGGCAAGCUAAAGUUUGCAGAAAAGGGAUAAUAUUUACUUCUAGUGAUCAUUGCUUAUCGUACUUAGUGGAUGCUUCAGGUACCAAAACUACAGCUGAGAAAUUUAGGGACUUGAGCACUGAUUUCAGCGUUGAAGUGUUUUAUAGCGAUCUUCUCUCUCAUAAUCCUAUAGAUGAGUGCUACAAAAUAGCAACAGAAUCUCUUCAUAAGUGCUAUAAAAAUGGUGAUGAAGUCUGGAUUGUGGGCGGAUUUCGCAUUAAACAAGAUCAAUGGGGAGAUGUGAAAGUGUCUCAUAAUUACGGUCGUCUAGUACUCAAGGCAUCUCCCACGAAUGGUCAAAUGUCAAUUAAAACUCCUUCAGUAGAGAUGCGUGUCAGCCGUUAUCCAAAUAAUUAUCUUCUUGUGCGGAGGUAUGAACAAGAAGUGACUGCCAGUUUGCGAGGUUUUAUAGCUCAGAAUGGAACUCAAAAAGCUGGCUUUAAUAGUUAUGGUCGUGUUGUUCUCUUUUGAUACAUGUUUAUUAUGAUCUUGUCCACUUAGAUAAUUCAAAUAAAUGCAAGUAAAAGGCAAAAGCUUAAAUAUGCAGCUAAAAUAUUCCAAGAUAAAAGGCCUUAUUUAAAAACUACUUAAGAUACCGGGAAUCACAUGUAUCCCUUUGAGAAUAUUCUGUUCCUUAGGCGACAGAGGCAAGUUUUGACCUCGCGUUUAAAUAAUUAUUGCAUUUAAGAAAAGAAGCCCAAUGUUAGUUUAACACAUAUACUAAUUACUGUUGUGUAAAUAUCUUUUGGUAUGAUCAAACUAAACACUUCUAAUGGCUUGUAAAAUUUAAUGUACCCAAUGCAAAUUUAGUUAAAUAUAGUUGAAGAAAUAUAGAUCCAAUCAUGUGAAAUGCUCAAAUAGAUUUGAUUUUAUAAAAUGCAGAAAAUAUAUAUCAAUCCAUGAAGAAAUCGAGUAAAGCAUUAAAAUCAAAAAUACAGAUUUAACACCUGGAACUUAAUCCUUUGCCUCACAUCUGUAUAUCUGUAAUUGAACCAUUGCAAUUAUUUAAACUUUGCGCAAAGGUCUGACAGUUUCUUUUUUUUUUUUUUUUUUUCUUUUUUUUUUUUUUUUUUUUUUUUUUUUUUUUUUUU